UUUAUAAUAAAGUAUCUAUCUAUCUAUCUAUCUAUCUAUCUAUCUAUCUAUCUAUCUAUCUAUCUAUCUAAUACCAAAUGAAAUCUAUAGAGAAUAGUAAGGAGAAUAUGGACUCUGAGGGUUGUCGUGAGAAUAGAAACGAAUAGAGUACUUUGUUUGCUCAAAUGAAUUGGGUAUUUUAUAUGUAUGUACAGAAUUAUGAAAUUUAAUUUUUUUUUUAAUUUAUAGAAAACUCGAUUAAGUUUGAAUUGGUCUAAGCUACGACUAUUUUUGAACGGUGUUUAUAGCUAUAUGCUGCUAUAAAAAGUCAGAUUAAGAAUAUAUUUCUUUUUAGAGAAAUGCGUAUUUCAAUAAUUUUAAAUUGGUUUCACAAUUAUCUGUGGUACUCUUUGAUCAUUGACGUUUUUAAAUCGACGAUGAAAAUGCAAACGUCGAGAAUGACAAAUCCGUUGGAUAUCAAGUUACAUACGUCUCAAUUAUUACUAAAUAUGAAACCCCUUAUUUCACGUUUUAGAAGAAACAGAAAUACCCUUGUUAUCUGCUCUUCUAUGUACACAAACUUGCUUAUCUUAUACGAUACCUUUCAGCUCAAUUUUGACCGCUUUUAGUUGGAUAUUACACUUAAGUCGCCACCGCACAUUGGCACGCAAUGCUAUAGUUGUUUCAGGGAAGGAAGGCAGCAAGAAAACGUUGGCAAGAAACGUCUUUUGAGGUACCUUAUUACUUUAAACGUUCUUGCUCUAGAAAGUACUUCUACCCAGCGCUCAAAAAAAUAAAUAUUAAAAUAGAAGGUGCUUUUUUUGCUUUAAAUCAACGAUUCGUGAUAGCUUUGAUGAUAAUCCACGGCACUUUUAAAACUAAUAAUUCGCAGCGGAGGGUAGGUUUAUAUAAAAAAACUGUCCGCUUGGCUUUUCAUAUCUACGUCUCGCCAAUUAGAAAAACAUUUGCAGUUUAUCUCAGCGUGAAAUUUCAUUAGCGCUGCCAACAAAGCUUUUAAGAAUUUCAGCUCAGCAGGUGUUUAGCUCAAACAAAAUGUAAUUGAUAAAAGGUGAUCUCUGAAAAACCGCAAAUUAUCGCCAAUGUGAGGAUGUUCCUUAGAAACGGAUGGUCGGUAGCUAGCAAAAUAUUUAUCAGAGAUCUCUAUCGUAAAGAUUUAAAAUAAAAGCUUGUGUACCUUGUUGAUACGAUCACUAAACCACAGUACGCUCUGAGAAAUAAUUAGAAGAAACUUUCGUAGUGAAAAUAGAGCGCAUUUAGCUGCAGUGCUCGGACGUAAUGUUUUUGCUGGAUAAAUCGGGAACAACGUUAGAAGAUCGGAAGGAAGUGUCACAGGCAGCCCAGGAGGCGAAAUUAGAUAGAGAACUACUCCGUUUUGAAGAGGAGCUGGAAUUAUUUUUAGCUGAUAAAGAUCAUUUUUUGGAGGAUCUUUACCGCAGAUUAAAACAAAUCACUUCUCUCUGGAGAUCAUGGAGACGUCAGAGAUUGCGUGAAAUUUCUGUAACGCAACUCGUUUCCGCAAAACAGAUCGAAGAUCUUAUCCACUGGGAACAAAAUCUCCCUGGGAAAAAGGAGACAAUAACAAAAAUAGAAAAACCAACAGAUAUGCUGAUCAGAUUCCUUCAAGCUUGUCACGAAUCCAGACAGCUAUACGAACAAUUCUUCCUCUCGAUUUACAAACCUCUUCACCUUUUCUUCGGUGAUGACAAAGCUGCCCCUUUCUCCGCGGCAUUGGGUCGAUUACUCGAGAAGUGGAGUUACCUACUUGAACCAGGCCCUGUUAAUCACAGAUUACUGAGUGCGGAGAGUGCAGAAGCAGUCCACAACAUGGACCUGUCAAAUAAACCCCGUGACACAACUUUCAACCUCAUUCUGCGGUUAGUGCCAGACUUCGCCGUGAAAGGUUUCGAAGCUCUUUACCUUGCGCGACAAUGGAGAGCUCUUUUAGGUUACUCGGGUUACAGUCGAGAGUUGAAGUUUAUUCAAAUCAGGAGACAGCGUCGUUCAAGGCAACAUAUCAGCAGAGAGGCUGAAAAUUGUUCCGUUCCUUUCAGCAUAUUUCAUAAUUUAGAAAGAAAAUUGAACCAAUCGAAAGAUCGAUACAAAAAAGUGGACCCAAGAGAUCACGUAACAAAAGCGGUGCUUAACCGUGAAGUUUACACCAACACGAAUCAAGGCGCGGAAGGAACAUUUGCACGAUCCUUCAGUGAUGAUAAGAAAUUCACUUCAUUUACCCGCGAGUCUAACGAACAGCGAAUCCAUCGUUUGCAGAUAGAUCUGAAACGUGAACAACUAAAAGUGCAGAGGCUUAGAACCGAACUUCUUCAUACUGAAAUUGCGUCGCGUUACACGUGGGAACCGCCAAUGCUGACUCCGCUGUUUGACAUUCUGGCAGCCUCCAAGGGAAAAUGCCGCAUGUUAAGAAAUGAGAUUUCAAAACAGGCAUGCCAGCUUGAACGUGCUUUUGAUAGAAUCCCUGAUUCCAGAGGUUUGGUCCAAACUAGUAAGGACUCUUUCACGUCAGAAAGGAUUAGGUUAGCAUCCAGGCCUCUUUUGAACUCUCGACACCGCGCGCAAACCACUUAAAGAUAAGCUCACUUGUGAACUGGCCCAGCGUUUUAGUUAAUACACGUAGGUGGGAAACAAAUAGCCUAGAGACGAUUGUAGGAGAUAAUCUAUUCUCCGCACUGAAUUUAUCAUGGAAAUGAAGAGAGUGGGAAGUCUGUUGAGAGGGCAAGACUAUUCUAAUCUCUUGUGCAAAAGCAAGGGCCUGACCAUAGUGCAAGAAGUGACUCAGGAAUAUCUUAAUAUAAUAAAAGCUUUCGAUCAGAGCGUAUAUUUGCCCCCGAGCUAAGCUGUUUGAUACCAGCAUAUCAACCACUCCAUCUCGUACACUUAGAAAUGCUACAGCGUUUGGUUAAAAAACACAAUUGAUAAUUUGUUUCUGAUGACAAUUUCAUAAACGAUUUCCGGAUUUUUGCGGGCAUACCACCGAGAUAAUUACAUGAAGCUCAAGCCCCUCCGGUACUUGGAGUUCAUUCUUCGCCGACUCUGUGUUGGAUAAUUAACCAUGGACACGAUGAUAAACACUUUAGUUUUACCGAAUCACUUUAAAACUCAGAGUUUCUGAUCUUAAAGUUAGUUUCAUAACUGAUCCAUGAUAGAUAGAUCAUACGAACUGAUCGUACGAAGCGCUUUCCCAUAGAAAGCAGACCCAAGCCUCCGUUUCACUAUUUACAACAUACGGGUUAGAUGUAAAUCAACUCGGGUGUAAAGUUUUUUUUUUUUUUUUUUUGAUUUACAAAGUGUCUUUCAUCGUAAAUGAGCGGAUUUGGGUUCUAAAUCUGUU